CGAGGGGACCCGGCUGAAGGUGUCCGUGUCACCCCCGUCAACGGUGGGUGACACUACCACCACCGUUACAACGCCAUCAGUAGCAACAACGGCAAUCAGCAUCUCCACGACGACGACGACGACGCCGUCAUUGACGACGGUGGCACCGAACGAUGACGUUACGGGUGCAACAGCGGCAAUGUUUGGCAGUGCUGGGCCGCUGUCACCGUAUCGACCGAGCCGGGUUACGCUCGGUUCCGUCUAUCCCUGCAUCACGUGCAACCUUUGCAAGGGCUAUCUGAUCGAUGCAACCACGAUCGUCGAGUGUUUGCAUUCCUUUUGCCACAGCUGCAUUAUGAAACAUUUGCGCACGGAACAGUACUGCCCACAGUGCGAAAUGAUGAUCAACAAAGCGAAGCCCAAUAUCAAACCGGAUGCAACGCUGCAGGCGAUCGUGUACAAGCUGGUGCCGGGACUGUACGAAAAUGAGCUGCGCCGGCGGCGUGCCUUCUACCGGGUGCACCCGGAAAUGGCCGCCAUUGCAACACCGGAGCAACGGGGUGAGGACACCGAGUAUCUCAUCUUUAGCCCGAACGAGAAGAUCUCACUAUCGCUGGAGUACGCGGAAAAAGAGCUAGCAGAGGACAAUGAGGAGCUGCUGAAGGCAAAAUAUCUACUCUGUCCGGCCAUCUUUUCGAUCGGGCUGCUCAAGAAGUUUAUCAUCUAUAAGUACGGCAUCUCGGAGCGGCAGUUUUGCGUGGAGAUUAUGUACAAGGUGAAGACGAUCAUCCUUCCCGACUACUACACGCUGAUGGACGUGGCUUACAUUUACACCUGGAAGAGGGACGCUCCCAUGAAGUAUUAUUAUCGUAUUCGUACGACAGAAUCGAAUCCGGUCGAAUUGCCGGAGGUACCGUUGCGUCGUUCGCCCAGUCUUGUCAGCGCUGGCAAGCAACGGACUACGGCUGUAGAUGACGAGGACGAUAAGGAGAAUGUGCAUCUCGAGCAGUUAGUAUCGGAGGUGACGGCGAACGAGAGUGACAACAGUUCUAGCAGCAGCUGUACCAGUGACAAUCAUCAUCGCCGUUCGGAACAUUCUGCCAAAACUGUGGAAGAGUUGCCUAAGCCAAUGACGAAUCCGGCAGCGCAAACAGCUCCAUCAACUGCUGAAGCACCGGCAACUCCCACUCCGGCACGGAAGAAUGAAUCGAUCAAGCUAAAAAUUGAACUGAAUAAAAAUAAGUACGUGAGUUUUCUGCAGAGUCCUCAAUCGGAUGAAUCGGUGGGCAAUACCUAUUCAUCCCCCAGUGCCUCCGUCGAAGGUACAAAGUCACACAAAUCCGAGAAAACUAAGCGCAAACGUACGGAUGCGCUAGCAACGCUGCAACAGAUGGAAGAAAACUCACGCGAGCUCAAGAUUAAGAUCGAGAAGAUCAAGGACAUGGGAUUGAUGAGCAGCAAGCGCGAGAGCAAGAGUGCCAAGAAGCAGCAUCAGCAGCUGGCGGUCGUACCUUAUAAGGUUGAGUUGAGUUCGGCCAUUAUGCAGGGGCUGCAGGAGUCGGAGCGAGAUUCGAAGCGAUUGCAUUCUUCCAAGAAUGGUUCGGGUUCGUCUUCAUCGUACCGCAAGUUGAAGAUAAAGUCUCCGAAGAGUGGCAGUAGUAGUAGCAGCAGCAGCAAUGGCAGCAGCCCAGAGGACAGCAAACAUCAUCAUCCGAUUGUGUUGAAGAUCGAUCAACGUAGCCCAGACAUGGCUACAUCGACCUUGAAGUUUGGCAUGCCAAGAAAAACAGAUAAGAGCAUGACACCAUCACCGCCACCGUUGCCGCUAUCUCCACCAACACCACCGCCACCGAAGCGCAAAUUCGAGGAUGAAAAAUCACAGUUCCUGAACUCGUUUGAACUGACACCGAUCAAGACGGAACAAUCUUCACCCACGAAAAAUAGCACUUCACCCUCGCAAGUGGAAAAUGUAUCCUCGUUAAAGAAAUCUCCAACGUCCAGUGUUUCCCCUACUGCCGCGAGUACAGCAUCGGCAACUAACACGACAACAACAUCCAAUGGAAGCACUACGCAAGUGAAACGAAAAGCAAAGGAUACGGCUGGUGGUGCAACACGAUCCGGCUCCAAGAAGCCGAAGCUGUCUGACGAUGAAAUGAAGGCAAUCGUCGAGAAAACGGUAGCGGAAAACAUUCGGUCACCCUCGGAACAUAUCGUACCACCGAUUUUCCUCAAGCCAAAAGUUCCACCGGUGGUGGUUCCUGCAUCGGUUACUUCAUCUCGCCAGCUGUCGCCACCCUUGCUAUCUGGCCCAGUUAAAUCGGAAUCGCAAACGACGCCCCCAUCCAAGCGGGAUUCUCCGCGACCAUUCGUAUUCAAGACUCCACCUCCACCGCCGCCGAUCGUAUCGGCAAACAACAUUCCCGCGGUGAAGCCUUCGCAGCAGGUACUGCCAGCACCGAUUCCUCAGAAACCAUUAACAUCGCCUACGAGACCGUCAAGCACACCGGUGAAGCCGACAGCGACGAAGCCGCCGUCAUCAGCACCAUUAGCACCACAAGCGCCUGUACGGAAGCCGACAACUCCAACCAAGCUACCGACUUCAACACUUGGCGGUGGUACGAAUGCUGCUCCUCAACAGCUCAGUAAUGGCGCUAGUGCUGUUCCCUCCAAUGCGACCACUCACAAUGUCGCUACCGGAGCAAGCAAGAUUCAAAAACCAUUGGAGCUGAAGCGUGCCCAAAGCAAUCCAACGAUCAACAUUCUACCUCCUCCUGUGCCACAAACUGCUUCUAUGCCGCGUGAUACGGAAAUCAGCAAACUACGUCCAGAGGAUCUGAAGAAAAACGUCAAGGUCUAUGGACCUCCGACAUCGGUAGAACAGCCGACCAUUCCAGCUAGAGUGUCGGACACAACUAGUUUUGCGAUCCCGAAUAAGGUCGCACCCAAGACGACUACCACGCUCUCCGUCCCAGCUUCGACGAAGACUUCUAGUACUUCAUCCAGCGCUGGUUCUACAGGGCAGCAGGGUGGUGCAAAGGGACGACCACUAAACUACUUGAAUUAUGCACUGUUAAACAGUAAGGCAGCCGCUGCCGGUUCCCGAACACCGAUCCCAUCGUACUCAUCCAAUUCGCCCAGCUACUCACCCGACUCCCCACAGUACAAUCCCAAUCUUAAUUUCUCCCCGAAGCAGUUCAAGUACGCUAAUCCACUCGCGUACAACAGUCAUCUGCAGAACAUGCUGAAUGACCGCAAGGCUAAUGGUGGUAGUACGUCACCACCAUCGGCUACUAUAACCAUACCUGCGUCAUCACCAUCUCCACCACAGCCAAAGGAACAGCCGGUUCCUUCCAUUACGAUUUCAACCACCAAUAAACGGCCUGCAUCAGCGCUCAGUCCCGAUGCGGAGGAAAAGAAGCUCCAGCCACCGGAGAAACAGCCGAUGCUGCCUAACCCGCCGAACCCGUUGGAUAAGUUCCCCUCGGGCAUACCGGACGGAUUAUCGGUGACAUUAGCUACGGAAGAGGACGAUGCGGCACGCAUCAAGAAUGUGAACAAGCAGCUGAAGAAUAACUUCAUCGAGAUCCGGGCACUGCCCGAUGUUCCGGUUACCGAGGUGAAACUUCCACUUCAUCCCAAUGCCGGACCCAAGUCGGAUCGUCGAACGCCCCCGUCUAAGGUUGGUGUUUCGGGUACUUUGCCCGCUACAACUGUACCGCAGGUAGCACGCAAAUCGAUACCAACCAUCAAUCCCGCGUACAGUGUAGCCAACAGUGUCGUCCCAGCAAAGACUUUGCCUUCUUCUGCAUCCUCGAACACCAGCACUCCGCUAGAAACGAUGCAGCGCAAGAUCUACGACAUUAUUGAAAAGCAAACCUCAUCCGAUGGUAAGACUGGUGCUAAAUCGUCUCAGUCGAAGACUUCCACUUUGCCACCUGCGUCUCGACCAAGUACCCCCAAAGUGUCUACCUAUCCGGUUACGGCUGCCAACAAACUCAAGCAUCCUAAUGCUACUGUUCAUGAGAACGGUUUGCUGAAGUUGAACAACUAUCGUGAGGUGGAUUUAAUACCGAAAGGUGUCAGUCUUGGCACGGUACCCACCACUCCAAAGUCAUCCAGCUCCUCCGUUUCACCUUCUGGUACAUCCCGAAUGAUGCCUCCACCAGCUUCACAGGCCAAAUCGAUCGUUCCGAUCGCACCGAAACCUUCGCAGCAAACGUUCGCCAACGGGCGGAUGGCUAUGUCGCCACCGAUCCAACGAUCGCCGACAGCUGUUGGUGGUUACCAACAGUCCAAGUCUAAAACACCUCCCUCCCAUCUACCGUCGAUGGCAAGUAUGGGCCCAAUGUUCGCAGCAAUCGGUGCAUCCGGUGGUACACCGUCGAAGAAACCACCGGUUGGUGCGUCUACUACACUCACGUCAGGCACUGUCCCCCGGCGUAAGAUUGUCCCAACAAACAAUUCAACUUCGCUGCUACCGGUAAAGUCCUCGAUAUUUUCUUCUCCAUCAUCUGCAAGCGGUAGUGGAUCGAAGCUCAUUAGCAGCCCCUCCGACUUUAUCACCCUGCAUCCGCAGGGCCCGGUAACAUCUUCAGCACCAUCGUCCCGUGCAUCACUGACCUACACUUCCCCACAGCAGGCUGCUCUAUCUCAGAUGUUUAAUAAUCAUAUGAUUGCCCGUCAGUUAAAUGGUCUCUUAAGCUCUAUGUACCCCUACAAUCUGCACCAGUAUCCACAACUCAACACCGGUUCGCAUAUGCAUAUGCCCAAUGGGUCGGAUUCGGUAACAAUCACGGCAUCACCGAUGAAUACGGCUCGUAAUGCUGUGUCUCAGAAUACGCUUACCGUUACUGCUAUUCCGGCAGGCAGCACGGUAUCUAACGGACGAGGCAACAACGCGAAUGGUAACAAUGGAUCAGGACCCAACGGUGGAGGAGGUCCCUCUAGUAGGGGCUUCGGUGGAGGUGGUCCCAAUCCAGCAUCACGCAACUCUUCCUGAGUAAUGCUGAUCGAGCUGUAGAGUGUUUGUUAACAGUGCUAGAAAGUGACAGGAAAUGGCAUUUGGAUGAACGGUCUUACAUUUCCUUUCACUUUCUUGCGGUCUAAAGAACAAGCCUUUACAGCCAUAGAUAGAAAAAAAACACUUCUAAAGGGCAUAUACUUGCAACCAAGCCUUUGCAAAGGAAUAAUCGAUAUAUUGAGACUGAAAACUAAUGAAACAAACACAAAAACUGAUUAGUAGAAGAAGCUGACAAUGUUUGCACUGAGAGGAGAAGCAAAGAGAGAAGUUAAGAAGAGAUGAUAAUGAGAAAUGUCAAAUUCCAGUGUGUGAGUAUGUGUAGUAGAAGAAGUUAGAAAUAAGCUAAAUGUAAUAGUAUAGUUGUCGUUGUUAAAUGUUAUACAGUGAAUGUUUAUUAGUUUACAGUUGCUCCUAGAGUUAUUACA